CGGCCGCCGGCGGGGGGGGAGCGCCCGGCCCCCUCCCCGCCCCCCGCGCCGCCCCCUCGCCCCGGGAAGGAGGGGGAGGGCGGCGCCUGCGUGCUCCUCCGCGCGCCCCGCCUCCCCGGGCUCCCGGCGACGGCGAUCCCGACUCUCCCCCCGCGGCGGCCGCAGCUGCCGGUGCUCACGGCCUGGGCUGCGGGCGCGGGCCUGGGGAGCGGCGGCCCCGGCGGGCACCCCUGCGAGGGCGGCCGAGGAAGCUCCCGGAGGCGGCGGCGGCGGCGGAGGAGGAGGAGGAGGAGGGCGCUGCGGCGGCCGCGGGACCGCGGGGCGCUCGGCCUCCCGCCCCCUCGCCGCGUCCCUCGCCCGCGCCUCCCUGCGCUCCGGCCGGCGCCGCGCUUUGUGCGCGGAGAUGGUGUAGCCCCGCGGCCGCUCGGCCCCGUCUCUCCGCUGCGUCCCGCCCCUGGAGGCCGGACCCCGGGCUCGGCGUCUCCCGGCGGCUGGGGAAGCCCGGGCGCCGGCACCAUGAGUGAACAGAGUAUCUGUCAGGCAAGAGCUGCUGUGAUGGUUUACGAUGAUGCCAACAAGAAGUGGGUGCCAGCUGGUGGCUCGACUGGGUUCAGCAGAGUCCACAUCUACCACCACACCGGCAACAACACCUUCAGAGUGGUGGGCAGGAAGAUUCAGGACCAUCAGGUGGUGAUAAAUUGUGCCAUUCCCAAAGGGUUGAAGUACAAUCAAGCUACACAGACCUUCCACCAAUGGCGAGACGCUAGACAAGUGUAUGGUCUCAACUUUGGCAGCAAAGAGGAUGCCAAUGUCUUUGCAAGUGCCAUGAUGCAUGCCUUAGAAGUGUUGAAUUCACAGGAAACAGGGCCAGCAUUACCCAGACAGAAUUCACAACUUCCUGCCCAAGUUCAGAAUGGCCCGUCACAAGAAGAAUUGGAAAUUCAGAGGAGGCAACUUCAAGAGCAGCAGCGGCAGAAGGAGCUGGAGAGAGAAAGGAUGGAGAGAGAAAGGAUGGAGAGGGAGAGGCUGGAGAGGGAGCGGUCCGAGAGGGAGAGGCUGGAGAGAGAGCGCCAGGAGCAGGAGCAGCUGGAGAGAGAGAGACAGGACCGCCUGGAGCGGGAGAGGCAAGAGCGGGAGCGGCUGGAGAGACUGGACCGCGAGAGACAAGAGCGGGAGCGCCAGGAGCAGCUGGAGCGGGAACAGCUGGAAUGGGAGCGCGAGCGGAGGAUACCCGCCGCUGCUGCCCCUGCCUCUGUGGAGACUCCUCUAAACUCUGUGCUGGGAGACUCCCCUGCUUCUGAGCCAGGCUUGCAGGCAGCCCCUCAGCCGGCCGAGACGCCAGCCCCACCGGGCCUUGUCUUGGGACCACCUGCGCCUCCACCCCCUCCUCCGCUCCCACCAGGUCCUGCCCAGGCUCCAGGGGCGCCCCCUCCUCCCCCAGGACCGCCCCCUCCUCCUCCACUUCCAGCCUCAGGGCCUCCGCCUCCCCCUCCUCCGCCCCCUCUUCCGAACCAGGUGCCCCCUCCGCCCCCGCCUCCCGCUCCUCCUCUCCCUGCCUCUGGAUUUUUUAUGGGAUCCGUGUCCGAAGAUAAUCGCCCCCUAACUGGACUGGCGGCUGCAAUUGCUGGAGCAAAACUUAGGAAGGUGUCACGGAUGGAGGACGCCUCUUUCCCAAGCGGGGGCAGCACCGUUGGCGUGAAUUCGGCCUCGUCCAAAGCCGACACGGGUCGUGGGAACGGACCCCUUCCUCUAGGGGGCAGUGGAUUAAUGGAAGAAAUGAGUGCCCUGCUGGCCAGGAGGAGGAGAAUUGCCGAAAAGGGGUCAACAGUAGAAGCAGAACAAAAAGAGGACAAAAGCGAGGACGCCGAGCCUGUCAUUUCUAAGGCCUCUUCCACAAGUACCCCUGAACCAACAAGAAAACCAUGGGAAAGAACCAACACCAUGAACGGCAGCAAGUCUCCUGUGAUAUCCAGACGGGAUUCUUCAAGGAAAAAUCAGAUUGUUUUUGACAGCAGGUCCUGUGAUUCGUUACACAGACCCAAGUCCGCGCCCUCAUCGCAGCCCAGUGCCAACGGAGUCCAGGCCGAGGGACUAGACUACGACCGGCUGAAGCAGGACAUCUUAGAUGAAAUGAGAAAAGAACUAACCAAGCUAAAAGAGGAGCUCAUUGAUGCAAUCAGGCAGGAACUGAGCAAGGCCAACACCGCGUAGAGAAGCAAACUGCGGAGAGAGAGGACUUAAGCCCGGAGGAGGAAAGACACACCGACCGACAGCGACGGCGAACCACGGGCCCUCCGUUUGUGAGCCGUGAGAAGGUGAUGGAGACGGUCGGAAGGGGGGGGCGGCGAGGGGGGAACCAACCUACUUUGAAAGCCUUCAGACACCGUGACUCCGGCGGCCAGCUAUUUCUCUCCCAGUUUGCUGCUUUACUCUGACCUUUUCAACGGGAUGGAAGAGCCGUGGAACGUUCCAGAAAACGCUCCAUAAGCCCGUCAGGCAAGAUCGCCCGCCGCGCAGUGAAAUAUUUUUCCGGUCAAGAUCGGAUCUCACAUUUCCACAACCCAUGGCUUAAGAAUAAAGAGGAGCGAGGCUUACGGAGGUUUUUUUUUUUGCAGAGAGCGCUGAUGAAGAAUUCAGCAGGUCAUGCUAUUGUAUUGUACAUGUUUCUCUCAGGUUCGUCUUCCUAUCAUACUUAGUCCAUGAAUAUCGAGGUGAGCCCCGUGUACGUUUCAACCGUCCAAGGUGGGACAAAACGGAAUGGCUGUGUGCUUUCGAAGGGUGAUAUCUC